AUGUCCUCCGAGUCGGCCCCAACAUCCAAUGCAGAGCUCGACAAACAGGCUCCGCCUUCAUUUGGGCACGCUAUGCACAAGUUAUUCGAGUUUGACCCAUCUUACGUGAACCUCAACCAUGGCUCGUAUGGUUCAUCACCCAAACCAGUCAGAGUUGCAUGUGAUAAGCUCAACACUCGGAUCGAAGCUAACCCAGACAAAUUCUUGCGCAUCGAGUGUAUUCACCACUGGAUCGAGGCUCGUACUCGAGUGGCCAAGCUGAUAGGGGCAGAUGUUGAUGAAUGCGUUUUGGUGAAUAAUACAUUACAUGGCAUAAGUACAAUUCUCCGCAACUUCGAGUGGCACGAAGGGGAUAUCAUCAUUGAGACGACCACAACUUAUAAUGCCGUGUCCCGAGCGAUUAAGUAUCUCGGAGAUAUCCCACCGUAUCCACAAGUAUCCAUAUUCAAUCUUCACUGGCAAGAACAUAUCCGCCAGACUCGCAAGGUCGUCACCGUAGUAGACGCCAUCGCGGCCAACCCUGGGGUACGUCUUCCUUGGAAAGAAAUGGUGGCCAUUUGCAGGGGUGCAGGUGUUUGGUCAGUGGUGGAUGCCGCGCAUUCAAUUGGCCAGGAAGUGGAUAUCAAUUUGUCGGAAGCGAAGCCUGAUUUUUGGAUAUCGACUUGCCACAAAUGGCUCUUUGCAAAGAGAAGUUGCGCAGUCCUUUAUGUGCCAAAACGAAACCAGCAUGUUAUCAAAUCUUGUAUACCCACUCCACGCAAUUAUUGCUCACCUCGAGACAAGGAUUACAAUGGCCCACAAAGUUUCGUGAAUCUUUUUGAAUCCUUGGACUUCAGACAGUGGCUCGGCGGCGAACAUAAGAUCAACAAAUACACUCACAAUCUCGCAAUCGCAGGUGGGAAGUAUUUGGCAAGUCUCCUAGGAACUAGUGUAAUGGACCCUGACGGUGACUUGACUUUGAAUAUGGUUAACGUGGAACUGCCCAUUCCUGGCGACAUUAAAUAUUCGAAUGAAAUUAACAACCUGCUGAGAACUACGUUGUUAAUUGAGUGGAACGUGUAUGCUAUUCAUUACUACCACAACGGAAAAUGGUGGACAAGGUGUAGCGUGCAGAUAUGGAACGAGAUUUCAGACUUCGAAGUUCUCGCCGAUGCUUUCAAGGACGCGUGCCAGAAAGUAGUGAAGUUUGCGAGGCAAUAA